AUGUCGUCGACCACCGAGCUUCACUGCAUGCCGCAUCCAUCGCAACACCUCAAGCUGCGGCAAAUGCCAUGCCAGGCCGCGCCCAAGCCGCAGCCCCGGGGCCGCCGCCCCAGCCUCCUCGCCCCUGGAGCAUGCCGAACAGAGGAGCAGCACGACCUCCCCCACCCAGCGAGCCAUGCUCCACCGCCCCAGCCUCUAGCCCCUCCUCAUCCCACACGCAGCACCGACGCCCCGGCCGCCACCUCCUGCCCCGAGAUCGGCCGCCGGGCGCCCAGAAGCCCCCGGCGUCCGCAUCGGUCGCGGCCCACCCGGCCCAAGCCGAGCCCGGAUCGGUCCCGCCACGCCGCCGCCAGCAGCCGCGCUCCGGGACGCCGUAGGUCGCCCGCCGCGACCACCAGCGCCGCCGCCCCCAGCGCGGCAUCUUCCUCCUUGAGCCGCCAAGACAUGGGUCGCAUCCCGUCGCCGUGGUUUCCCCAUCCCGCGAGCGAGCCUCCGCCGGCCGGAGAAGAAACAGACCCUGCCGCCGCCGGCUCCACGCGGGCUUUGCCCGGUGGAGACCACCGGUGA